UGUUCCUAUUAAAAAUAAAGUGAAAAUAAAUUUAUAAAGGGAUCACCAUGACUGCCAUUUUGGGUGUUAGGAGAAAACUUACAGUGCAAACCAUAAUAAAUAAACUGAACCAUGAUACACAGAUACAACAGCUAAGAGCCCUGACUUUUGGUGGGUUUAGUUAUUUGAUAGACACACGAGUACAGGUGGAGUGUUUACAUCUGAUAAAACUAACUGAACUCAGAAAAAAGUUUGACAGUUCAACACCAGACAUGUUAGAUUGUGAUUGUGUUGAGAUUCAUCUCAAACCUAAACACUCUAUUAAAGGCCUUAACAACAAAUCAAUGUUCAGGAAAUUUGUAAAAAUGAAUCAAAUAGAUAAAGUGAGGUAGCAUAGCAUAGCAUUUCCCCAAUCAUGUCUUUAUAUGUUUAAGCCCUGUGGGUAAACUUCAAGAUUCAAAGAACUUUAUUAAUCCCAGGGGGAAAUUCCUUUGCCAUGUUAAAGUUGCUCUAAUGAAAAAUAAAAAUAUAAGAGAAAAAGAAAGAAAUAUAUACACUGUUUAUGAACCGUAAAAAAAGAAUAAAUGAAUACAAAUACUGUACAAAUACUACACAAAUACUAGUGUAGAGCUGUAAUAUUGCACACAAGGAAUGUAAUUUGUGAUAAUGGUACAGUUGUAUGUACAUGAUAGGAAAAAAUGGUGAAAUUGUAAUGUGCAUGAAAAGGCCUACAAUUACUAAAGCACUAUUGCUCAUGAAAAAGAAAAUGUCCCAACAUUUAAAGGGAGGAAUUGUACAGUUUUAUCGCCAUAGGGAUGAAAGAUCUCCUAAAGUGCUCAGUGCUACACUUAGUCUCUGGAUGAAUGUGCACUUCUGAUCAACCAGCACACUAUGUAGUGGAUGAGAAGGGUUGUCCAGGACUGAAUGGAGUUUUGGCAGCAUUCUUUUCUCAACAACAACGUGAACUGGGUCCAGCUCCAUGCCAAGUACAGAGCCAGCCCUCCUGAUUAGUUUGUCCAGUUUAUUUCUCUCUGCCAUCUUCAUGUUACUUCCCCAACAGACCGCUGCAUAGAAAAUGACACUUGACACCACAGACUCAUAGAACAUCCGCAGUAUGGUGUUGCAGAUGUUGAAGGACCGGAGCCUCCUCAGGAAAUACAGCCUACUCUGUCCUUCUUGAGCACUGUUGAGUUUAGUGUCCAAAAAUAAAGAAGAAUUGACACGAGGUAUUAGGGAUGUGCAUUUGUUUAAUUCUUGCUCAUUUUCUGACCAAUGAUUUGUUGAUAAGACCAUUAAAGCUUUUAAAUUUUGGCCAAUGUUUCUGCAGGAUUGUACAUGAAUGUGUUGUUCAGAGCAUAAUCCACUAUACAUGACUACUAAAAAUGACUGAUGGGUAAUAUUUUUACAUUUUUAAAAUGAUUAGCAUCAUUUUAAAUCCUCCUGUAAUUAUCUAAGAGAGAGACAGUAAAACACACACACACUUCAUUAUUAUGAAUUCUAUGGCAUCUAAAUCAUUGUUUUUUGCAUACCUAAAAACCUUCUUGCAUUCCUACCUGUAUAAAAGGAUGUGUGAUAUACAUGUGCAGAAUGUAAAAUCUUCAAUAGAAAUUAUUCAGAGCGGUGUCUCUCUUCCUACCUGGAUAUCCUGAAAGUCUUCAGUGAAGGUGUGGAGGAUCUCUGUCAGCUCUGCAACCCAAACAGUGCACUGCUCCAAGACUGAAAGCCCCUGUGUAUUUAUAAUAUGGAAUCUGCCCUCCCCUUUUCACCCUCCCAUCUCUGAUACUCUCUUAAACAGAGCUCAUCUUAUAAAUCUCACAUACCCGACUGUGGUGGGUUAGAAGAGAAAUAACAGCAAUGGAGUGGACGUUCAUCCGACUUUAUUCAUCAGAUCUCUACAAAAUUGUGCUGAAGAACACAGGUGAGGCUGUUAUAAUUCCACUGAAAGGUGGCAUCUCCUCCCUGAAUGAAGUCUGUCAGGCUCUUAUUGAGGCAGAUGUAGAUCCUAUAACUGGGAAAUGCUCCAACUACGACUACAUCAGACAGCAGAUAGUGCAGGCUCAUCAGUUCCUGGAGCAGUCAGAACAGGCAGCUAGUUCAGGGUUACAGAGUCUGGAUGAAAACUUAGAGAGACUUAUACAAGAUGAGAUGCAACUUAAUUGGAAGAUGAAUGAAAUAAAUCAAACCCUAGACCAAUUGGGAACAGAGCAGGAUUCAAAUGAAAAAUUGCUCAGAGAAUAUCAGAGAAUCACAGGUGUUGGGACAGGACUGUUCAAUAUUCUAAUCAUUGGCUGGAAUAAUAAUAAACGUAAAGUAACUUACUACAAGUCCAAGAUUUCCCAGACCGAACGUCACCUUAGUCAGAAAGAUGAUGAGCUGAAGCAGACACAUGAAGAAGUCCAGAAGAUGAGGAAGCUGGUAGAGUUUGUAACUGAGUUCCAGGAGAAAGUGAGAAGUGCUGUCAAUCUUCUGGGUAUUCUGAGUGGGAAGGUCAUUGUGGCUGAACAUCAGACUCGCAGAUUCAUCCUCCAGGAGCAUGUGAUAAAGAUGAUGGAGGAUGUGAUGAAGGCCAUAGAGCAGAUCACAGGGAAUGAGCUGCUCUAUGGCAAUGACCUGCCAAGACUCAUCAAUCAGAUGAAGGACAACAACCAACACCUGGCAACCAUCUGUGCCUCAGAGAACAGCUCUAAUUAGAACACCAGAGGAAAAUGCUGCCACUUUUGUUUUAAAUAGAGAUCCACUGAAUAAUGGAUUUUCUGUUGCAUGUUUGCAUUUUUUUUUAAAGAACUGAUACUUCUAUGUCAUAUGCUAGAGCAUUAACAGCCAGUAAACAUGAGCAUGAAAUAAAUACAGUAAAAGGGUGUUGCAGUAAACUUUGUUAAAUAAAACCAAUUUGUGAGCUAGAAGAGAAAUAAACCCUGUGACCAGGUAAUCAUGUUGUAUGCAGUUUUUAUUGUGUGAAAAUAUGUAAUAACCUCAGCACUUUCAUUCAAACUGAAUAUA